AUGAGUUCACAAGAUAGUAGAAUAAGUGACGAAGAGUUCGAAAGAAGAUUAAAUGCAAAAAGCUAUAAUACUACUUAUAGAGCUCCUGAUGAGCAAAAUGUAUAAAAGGAUAAAUAUAUCGAUGAUUGGUUUAAAAGCUAGAGAUAAUAAAGUGGAUAGACUCUUUUAAAUGAAAUAAAAGAAUUUGAAGAAUAGAAAUAAUUGUAGAAUUUUACUUAGCAAUAAACGGGAGCAACUUAAGCACUACCUCCUAAUGCUAUCAACAGCUAGCAAAGCAAAUUCUUUAAUGAAACUAAAAUUUUAUUCCCAAAAGAAUUGAAAUUUGAAAACUUUUUAAAUGAUAAAUAUGCAUCGUUUUAUUACUUCUCACAUCACCCAAAAACUAGCAAUAAAUUCGAAAUCAGCGACAUAGAUACCUCUGAUAGAUUACUCAAAUCUAGAAAUACUGGAUAUCUCACUACAUGGCUUUCAAUAUCACUAGUUUCCUACUAUAUGACAAAAUAUCUCAAACACUCCAAUAUUCCUUGGGGAAUUACUUAUAAAUUUACUUUUAUUGGAUUCUUAGCUAAAUACUUAUUCUUUCCAUCAGUAAUGUCAAGUACUAUUGAUAAAUAUUUAUUAGCUGCACCAUUUGAAAAAAGACUAGAUUAAAUAAUUUAAAAAUAUUCAUUAUCAUCAGAUCCUCUUUUUAGAGAAGUAUUUGAAUCAUAACAAAAGAAAUGA